UGUCAUCUCCCCUCUAGCUAGUGUUCUUGCUACGAGCUGAGUUUGGUCAUGGCAUCAGCAACAACAGUUCUUGCUAUGCCUGGACAUGGAGUAGCACCAUGCAAAUCAAAUGCUAACAACAACUACUACUCCUUCAAACUCCCAUCACCGGCAACACGAAUCGACGGCACCGCCUUCUUCCAACGACGGAUCAUGAACUGGAGGUGCAGGAGCAGCAGUAGUACCGCGAGCAGGGGGGCCAUGGCGGCCGCCGUCGUCAGGCGGGACAAUAAGGACGACGACGAGGAGGAAUGGAUGGCGUACCUGGCUCCGGAGAAGCUGGAGGUGCUGGCUCACCUGGAGCCCUGGGCGGAGGCGCACGUGUUGCCGCUGCUCCGGCCGGCCGAGGCGGCGUGGCAGCCGUCGGACCUGCUCCCGGACCCGGCGGCGCUGGGCGACGACGGCUUCCACGCGGCGUGCCGCGAGCUCCGCGCGCGCGCCGCCGGCGUGCCCGACGCCCACCUGGUGUGCCUCGUCGGCAACAUGAUCACCGAGGAGGCGCUGCCCACGUACCAGAGCGUGCCCAACCGCUUCGAGGGCGUGCGCGACCUCACCGGCGCCGACGGUACCGCCUGGGCGCGCUGGAUCCGUGGCUGGUCCGCCGAGGAGAACCGCCACGGCGACGUGCUCAGCCGCUACCUCUUCCUCUCCGGCCGCGUCGACAUGCGGCAGGUGGACCGCACCGUGCACCGCCUCAUCGCCGCCGGGAUGGCCAUGAAAGCCGCCCGGAGCCCCUACCACGGCUUCAUCUACGUCGCCUUCCAGGAGCGCGCCACCGCCGUGUCCCACAGCAACACGGCGCGCCUCGCCGGCGCGCACGGCGACGACGUGCUCGCCCGCGUCUGCGGCGCCAUCGUGGCCGACGAGAAGCGCCACGAGGCCGCCUACACCCGCAUAGUCGGCAAGCUCUUUGAGGCCGACCCCGACGCCGCCGUGCGCGCGCUGGCGUACAUGAUGCGCCGUCGGAUCACCAUGCCCGCCGCGCUCAUGACCGACGGCCGCGACGCCGACCUCUACGCGCACUACGCCGCCGCCGCGCAGCAGGCUGGGGUGUACACGGCCUCCGACUACCGCGCCAUCCUGGAGCACAUGAUCCGGCAGUGGGGUGUGGAGGAGCUCGCGGCGGGGCUCUCCGGCGAGGGGCGGCGCGCGCGGGACUACGUGUGCGGGCUGCCGCGCAAGAUCCGGAGGAUGGAGGAGAAGGCCCACGACAGGGCGGCGGCCCAGGCGCGGAAGAAGCCCACGCCUGUCCCGUUCAGCUGGAUCUUCGACAGGCCCAUCAGUGUCGUACUGCCAUGAUUCAUCAUUUCAUUCAGUCCUCCUCUCUUUCUAGCUACAAAUAGUAAUAAAGUUGUUCAAAAGUUUACUCCAAAAGGGUCGGAGUUGUCAAUCCAAAGCUUAGAUUGAUGACUCCUUUUGGAGUAAACUAUGCUGUUGUUUGCUUUCAAUAUUUUAGCAGGCGUGUUCUUCUUGAGUGUGUGGGAGUAGUAGUGUGCAUGUGUGUUGUCAUUAUUGUAAUCAGGAUUCAGGAAAGAAAUUAAGUUGUGCUCCUACA